UGUAUUGGCCAAGGACUCUCCUGUGUUCUCCACCUGCCUUCCUUCAGCAACGCUGGAACCCUCAGCACUGUGGUUAGCGACCUGGCUUUGGGCUCCACUUGUCUGACCUGCGGUUGCAGAGCAAUGUUGCUGCUUUUCCCCCACCUGACACUUCUUCUUCCCUUGGUGAAUCCUUAAACCUCUGAAGGUAGUGACUUUCUCCCAUCCGCACCUGCAUCUUCUCAAAAUCUUUAAAUCAUUGUCUUUAUCCGUUCCGGUCAUUACCAUGAAGUCCGUCAAGUUUGGCCCAUCUUCCACCCCGCCUCUCGGAGGGCCACCGGGUUGUUUCCCUUUCUUUAUCUUCGUAGUUUGUUUAAGGUGUCCCCUAAAGGACUGGUGGAUAAGGUAACUAGCCUGCCACCCCUGGUGCAGACUUUCCUGCUGUCAUCCAGUCUCUCCUGGCUGUCCUCCAGUCUUCCCUGGACGCCAACUGCCCUUUCACAGUAGUCACUGGAUGCCUCCAGAUUAAACUUAUCAAAAUACAGGCUGAUGGUCGACCUGCUGGGCAUUGCUGCCUGACGCACCUCCACCGGUGCCUUUGUGCAGUUGUUUUCCACCUCUUUAGGGCAUGAAACGGGUCAUCAGCUGGGGACCACCAGUCAUGGAUGUUUCGCUCCUUUAACCCCAGUACAUCUCCUGGUGCUAAAAACACAACAAAAGCUAAUGCUAACAUACAGCAGUCAGUCAAUGAGUAUAUUAACUAAACAAACAAGCAAGUUAUUCUAAGAUAACAUCAGGUAAAAGUCAAGGCAACAGAAAAACAAGCUAAACUUGGGUAUAGGGCAGACUUACUAACUACUGUGGUGACUUGAUGACUAAUUGGUUGCCCCUGUUUCCAAAGUAAUAUGUUUUAAUCUCUUAAACUUUGCCACCCCCCGUUGACCCACCGGUGGGUCCAAUAUUACAUUAUCACAUUUAGGUUCUCAGCUCAUUCACUUUUUUUGUCAGAAGCAAGGAGACUGGAAGCGAUCCACACAUAGAAGUGAACAUACACAUCACAAACAUGUAUUAAACUUAUAAAACCUUUGACAUUCACACCUGGUAAUUCACAUAAAUUAACAAACAUGACUGAAAUAGACUAGCAGAUCCGAAAAAUAAAGAGUUACCGCCUGGUGGGCCAUAAAACAGGGAACAUAAGAUCAUAAAUCAGUAAUUUGACAUUUUGACACAAAGCAUAUUGCAAAAGAAUUGUAGCAGAAUACUGUAACUUAGCAUAGCAUGCUAAGUACAUGUGGUAAAAUACUUGAUUUUAUGUUUUUUUUAUUUACAGUCUCCAAAAAUAAAUUUCAAAGAAUUUCCCCCAAAAACCAGGAUAUUUCUGCUGACAGCCGUUCAUUCAGAAGCAUCGUGCUGCUGGGUAAAACUGGUACUGGGAAGAGUGCUGCUGGAAACACAAUACUCGGAAAAAAUGCAUUCAAAUCUAAGAGGGGAACAGUCUGUGUAACUCGUGAAUGUUCAAAGGUACAAGCUACUGUGUCAGGCAGGGAAGUAUUAAUAGUUGAUACUCCUGGAUUCUGUGACACAGGCAUGGGAAAUGAAAAGAUAACGGAGGAGAUAGGAAAAAGUGCUUAUUUUUCCAGCCCUGGACCACAUGCUUUUCUUAUUGUUUUUAGAAUAACUGACAGAUUCAGUGAGCAGGAACAGGAGAUUCCUCAGAAAAUUGAGAGUAUAUUCGGUGAGGAAGUGUUAAAAUAUUCCAUCAUUCUCUUCACUCAUGAAGAUCAGUUAGAUGGAGAGCCCAUAGAGGAACUCAUUGAGGAAAGCAGUGCAUUACAAAAUCUAAUUAAACAAUGUGGAGGCAGAUAUCAUGUCUUUAACAACAAAGAUCAGAACAGAGAGCAGGUCAAUGAUCUACUGCAGAUGAUUGACAAAAUGUUAGGGCAGAAUGGAGGAGGGCCUUACAGUAAUGAGAUGUUUGAAGAUGCUUUGAAAUUGGGACAAGAAGACCCAAAUAAUGGACUUAUGCAGUUUUUAUUGAAGUAUAAGAAGUAUAUUUAUAUUGGAGCUAUUGCAGCUGGUUUGCUACUUGGUGGUGUAGUUGGAGGAUAUGUAGUUUGUAAAGGUGGAGCUGCUGUUAGUGUAUCUGUAGCUGGUGCAGCUGCAGCUGCCAGCAUUGGAACUAUUAGUGGAGCUGCUAUUGGUGGAAUUUCUUGUGCAGUUGCUGGUGGCGAUUCCAGCAAAAUUAUUGAAGGAGCUAUUGGUGGAGGUGUUGUUGGUGCAGGUGUGUUUGGUGGAGCUGCUGUUGGUGCAGCUCUUAGUGGAAUUGUUGGUAAUGCUGUCAUUGCUGGAGCUGUUGGUGGUGGAGCUGCUGCUGGAGCUGCCAUUGGUGGAACUGUUAGUAGAACUGUUGAUGGAGCUAUUAGUUGUGGAGUUGCAGUUGGUACAGCUGUUGUUAAUGGAGCUAUAGAUGUAGCUACCAUCAGUAAAACUGUUAAAAAAUAGUGGUGCAUCUGCUAAAGCUAUUCUGUGUAGCUCUUACUAAAGCUGUUGAAAAGGUUGUUAGUGGUAAUUAAGUUUCUAAAACAAGUCUGUUAUCACUGUAAUUGCUAGAAGACAUAAGUAAAAAUAUUCUUAACGUGUGUCUUACAGAGCUCCUUUCACUCACCACUGAGAUUCACACUUACGAUAAAUGCACGUUUAACUUUCAUAUUAUAUUAAGAUAAAUCAGUCAGAAACACUACAAAAAACUAUUUUAAUUCAAAUAAAAAUACUUAUAUCAUAAUUUUUGUUUGUUGUUAAAGUAGUCACUGCAUCUUAAUGUUCAAAAAUACUUUUGAAUAAAGUUUUUACAUUUAGAGCAAGAAAACAUGUAAUAUAUUUUUUUCAGUGUGUUUUUAUAAAUGCAUGCUGUUUUUAAUAAAUGCACAAACCAUUGAAAAUAUAGCGUAAGAUAAAUCUUCAUAAGGUUGCAAAACCUUAUUUUAUUUUAGAAAUGUAAAAAAUAUACUGAUAUCUUAAAGUUGAUUUUAUGUUAAUGAUUCUGAUGCAGUCACUAGAUGUUCAUAGAGUAAAGCUUCUGACAAAAGUUUAAUCUUUGAGUCUUUUGGGGUAUUUUCCACAGCAAAUUCUAAACUAGUUACUGAUUAAAGCACAUGGCAUGUCCUUGUUCUUCCCAUAUGUAUUUAUGUCAACACAAAAAAAGAGCACCCAUAUGUAUUUAUGUCAACACA